GAGCUGUGAGCAUCCGCAGUGCGCAUCGUGUGUUGUGUUGUGAAUGGUGUCGUUACGAGCCACUUUCAGCCAAAAGUUUACUGUCUGGCCUAUGAUCUGCGGCCGCGAAAAUGUUUGUGCGUGACAUUUAAACAUCGACGUGCACGCGCAGUGAUUCUGUGGAAAAUCUAAAUGAGAAAAGCGUCCGCUCUUAGUUUCCGUACGACGAUAUAAUCGUGUUGUUCGUAGAGCGGGAACUGUCGAAUAUCACACAAUGGCAGAUUUCGACGCGAUCUACGAAGAGGAGGAAGAAAAUGAACAAAAUUUGGAGGAACAUUACGUGACAAUGGUGCCGGAUCCCAUAGUUAUUCGGGGAGCUGGAAACAUGACUGUAUUUGGUCUUAGUAAUUGUUUUGAAUCGGGGUUUCCAAAUGAGCUGGUAUCACGCGUUGCCCCAGAAGAAUUCAAAGCAACUGUUAUGAGAAUAAACAGUGUGUUGAAAAAAACUUUACCCGUUAAUGUUAAGUGGUUAUUUUGUGGCUGUGUCUGCUGUUGUUGUACAUUAGGUUGUUCUCUUUGGCCUGUCAUCUGUUUAAGUAAAAGAACACAGCACUCGUUAAACAAAUUAUUAGAAUGGGAAAACAGUAGACUAUAUCAUAAACUUGGAUUACAUUGGAGGCUGGCAAAACAAAGAUGUGAUACGUCGUCUAUGAUGGAAUAUGUUCUAUUAAUUGAAUUUAUUCCAAAAAUACCCAUAUACAAACCUGACUAAAGUCAAGAUCUGGAUUCUUAUGUAAGUUGUACACAUGUAGCAAAUCAGUGCAAGUCUGUGACAUGCAAAAGCUGUACACUUCUGGCUUAAAGUGAAAUGAAAGAAUACCACUAUAGAUAGCACUUGCAGGAGGCAUAUUUUUGUAAAUAUUACGUGUAGGAUUGCACAGUACAAUAAUUUGAACGAGAUUCGAAUGUUGAGUAUACUAAUCUACAUUAGUUUUAUCUCUUAAAAAUCAUCUAAUUGACUAAGUAUAAAAAUGCAGGCAAUUUUCGUUUAGUUUCUAUCAAAUGGAAUUUACUUUGUUUCCUGUUAUUGCUGCAUUCAAAACUGAAGAUAUUCAAUACUUACUCUGUUGCUCUGGAAAAGUCAAAAAAACAGGAUCAUGUACAUGUUAAAAAUACUGCUUGACGUUUAGUUUGCUAGUCAUUAAUACAUAAUUGUCUUGAACAUCUUU